UGUAGAGUGUGUUUAGGGCAUGAGGCGAUAGUUUGGCGGGCGGGUCGAAAAGGCUGCAUGUCGGACGGGCAAGAGUGGGUUGGGCGGGAUGUGAAGCGGCCAGAGACGACGAACAAGCGAGACCUUGUCCACUCGAGACCUCAAUGUGAACAGAGGGCAAUCUACAAGAGGAUUUGGAACGAUGCGAUCGCUAUGAAGCCUGAUUCACACUAUUUGAGAUGCGCAGUACUGACGCAUUAUCCCUAUUCUUCCCACCGAUUUCGACUCGUUCACAGGCCUCUUCAUCGGCUUCGACGUCACAGUCAACACCAACAACGGAUACGACGGCGACUGCAUCGGACGUUUCUGGACGCUCUACAAGCAGGCCGCCGAACCCUACGAGAAAGAUGUCGGGUCUAGACCUCUUGAUCUCGGCCGCCCGACCCGCCUCAUCGUCCCCUACUCCGCCGAAACAACCUCUACCCGUCAGUCCCGCAUCGACGGUGAAUGGCAGUGGCGGAAAGAGCAAUGGCAAGACGGCGCAGAUGCCCAACAUCCUCAGCGCGUCUGUUCCUGCGGCUCGACCGAUGCUCAGUCAUGGGUAUGUUACGACGACAGCGCUACCCACGACCAGCACGACGGCGAGCACGGUCGGAGGGAGUGUCUCGACAAGACGAUCUUCGGGCAAGAAUGAUCAGGCGAACAAGGCGCCCGUCUUGUUCGACUUUAGGACGACGGAUAAAUCGCCCUCGUCGACAAGGAAGGCCGAUCCAGCUGCCGGGUCUGGCAUGUCGCUACUGAGUCAAGGGCUCAAAGAUGGACCUAGCCCGUCGGCCAUCCCGACAUCGUCUUCCCCGUCGACGCGUCAACCUUUCCCUCCUCCUGUAGCCAGCAACAACGCUGCGGCGAGCGGGAUCCUCCGACGUACGAGCACGUCAGGUGGGAAGAGCGGUCUUUACUCUCCCAUGCCGGCGCCUCGAAUGCGUCCACGGGCGUUGUCAAUGCAGAUGAAGAUCAAGGGCGAGAUCUUGCCCGAUGGCGCUUCAGAUGACGAGGACGAGGAAGACGAGGGCAUGGUGGUGGACGGUGACGAGUCGAGCGAACGUGGCAAGGCGGUACCGCUUGGGACCGGGUCGGGUGGGAUCAAGGGAAAGAGAAAGGGGAUGGUGUUCCGCUGUGAAAGUUGUGCCAAGGUGUACCGUCAUCCGAGUUGCUUGAGCAAGCAUCGGUGGGAGCAUUCACCUCACUGGGCAAAUUCCAGCAAGCUGCUGCUAUCAAAGCAUCAGCAGGUGCAGUUGCUCGAGGCCGCCACGAUUCUGGUCCACCUGGAUCCGGGCAAUCCCGCCGGCCAGGGUAAAUCGCUGCCAGAGGACAAGAGUCUCUGGCCUGCAGCAGUGUCGCCCGCUUUCCGUGGUAACAUCAAACUACCCUCGCGAGGGAUGUCCAAGUCGCCCAACAUGGUCGCGUCACCUCUGCCUGGUACCGCCGACAAUCAUGUCCGAAGGACCUCGCCCGACGACUCUUCCUCAUCCACAGAGUCGUCCGAUCGUGCGCAGUCGGUCGAGGCGGACAGCGGAUACUCGAGUGGUCCUCAACACGGUCGUCUGCUCGAUAUUGGCGAAACGCCUCAACGUCGAGGGUCUCAAUUCGGUCGCGCCUCCAUCUCGUCUCCCCUUGGACAGAGCGUUGGCUCGAACGGUCAAGGCAGUCUGCCCGACUUCAACGGGUUCCACAUUGGUUCUCCACGCCGGUACCCUCUCGGAACGGCAGCCAACACUGGUUCUCCGCACAGCAACGGCGCCAAACCCCAGUCGUAUGGUCAUUCGUACAGCUACGGCUCGUCGCACACCGCCCGCGCCGGUCUCUUCAGCCCGUCCUAUUCACCCGCCCUCGGACUCCCUCAAAGUUCGCUUCGAAGCGGGACCUUUUUGGAGCGACACGACGAGGACUCGGCAGAGGAAGACGAAGACGACUCUUACCGCGAUCGAUACAACGGCGGUCACGGCGCCCAGAAGCAGAACGGCGGGUUUGCCAGUCGAGGUCAGAGGGAGAUGAGCCUCGACGAGACCAGUCCGAGCCCGGACGGUGACGACAUGGACAUGGCCGUCGACAUGGAGAUAUGACCUGAGCUGGGGCUCACACACGAAAGCCCUCAGCUCCGCCAAAUCAUCCUCAUCUCUUUCUGGGGUACAUGGAUUCAUUAGCAUCAGUCUGCACAUUGCUGAUGUCGUGACUUUACCGGUCGGGAUCCGAAGCACGUGUGUCAGUGUAAUGUACAACAGGACUUCUCUCUCAUUCUCCGUCUUCAACAUCGAAACGCUCUCCACCUUGUAUAUACGCCGCACAGUGGCAUUCUGCGAGGUUUGCAUGUAUGUACACGAAUCAAACAGUCAAAUUUGCAUCCAGGCAGUCGCUUAAUUUAUAACUCGACGAGGGAACUGGUAUCGAAAGCGAUCGUUUGGAGUGAGAGUGGUCACAAAUCGCA